AGUGGUCUGCUAAAUUGAGCGCCAGGGUCAAACGAUAUGAAGCCGAGCGUUCGAUCGUGCGAUUUUCGGCGAAAAAUUGAUUAUGUGGCUUUUGAUUAUGCUCCGUUCACGUCUGAUUGCGUUUAAUGGAAUUACACCAAGGGGAGAAAGAGACGUCGAAUCACUUGUUGAGUACGAUCAUAAUCGUUGUCCUAUUUCGGGAGGGACAAAUACGCGGUGAAUCACUGUGAGCAGCGCGAAGAAAAAAAUGGACGAUCGAUUGUUCGCGCGCGCGCGGUGAACGUUGGUCAUCAGUUUUCUCUUGGAAAUAUUCAGUCAUACAUCACGCUUUCUCGGAAGGAAAAAAUGGAAGGGAGACGUUCCGGAGCAGGUGCUCAGUUGUCAAAUUUACGCCGAUGACAUACCUGAUAUUAACGUGCAAGACCAAUCUAGCAAAACAGCAGGCCAGGAAUUUAAAUGUACACGAGCACAUCAGCUACAGUUUACUCAAUGAGGCUGGCGUACCCACUCCGAAAUUCGGCGUUGCCAAAACUCCCGACGAGGCGGCCAAAUUCGCUGCCGGCCUGCAGACGAAGGACAUUGUCUUGAAAGCUCAGGUUCUCGCUGGCGGCAGAGGAAAGGGGCAUUUCAAAGGGUCCAGCGUCAAUGGAGUAAAAAUGUGUGAAACUCCGGAAGAAGCCAAGUCGUUGGCAGGUCAGAUGUUGGGUAAAUUGCUGAUCACGAAGCAAACCGGCGAAGCUGGCCGAAUAUGCAACGCUGUGAUGGUGACGCAACGUAUGUUCCCCCGUAAGGAGUACUACCUCGCUGUCAUGAUGGAAAGAGCCUUUGGUGGUCCCGUCAUAAUAGCAUCCAGCCAAGGCGGGGUGAACAUCGAAGAGGUCGCCGCGACAAAUCCUGGUGCUAUCAUGUACGAACCCAUUGACAUUAACAAGGGUAUUACAAAAGAACAAGCGGAGCGUAUAACUGCUAAGCUCGGCCUCGAAAACGUCAAGGACUACAUUUCUAACAUAAUUAUGAACCUCUAUAAAAUGUUUCUUAAGAAAGAUGCUCUUCUCUUAGAGGUGAAUCCUCUUGCUGAGGAUAUUAACGGAAACUAUUUUGCUUUGGAUUGCAAAUGUCGAUUUGAUGACAAUGCUGAAUUCAGGCAAAAAGAACUGUUCGCUUUGAGAGAUUGGACUCAGGAGGACUCGAAGGAGGUUGAAGCCGCCAAAUUUGACUUGAAUUACAUCGCGCUCGAUGGCAAUAUAGGCUGUAUGGUGAACGGGGCUGGUUUAGCUAUGGCCACCAUGGACAUCAUAAAGCUGCACGGUGGCGAACCGGCCAAUUUUCUCGACGUUGGCGGUGGUGCGUCAACAUCAGCAGUGAAAGAGGCAUUUAAGAUCAUUACUUCCGAUUCCCGGGUUCACGCUCUUCUAGUUAAUAUAUUUGGAGGCAUCAUGAGAUGCGACGUUAUAGCGGAGGGUAUAAUCGCGGCGACUAAGGAGCUAAGUUUAAAAAUUCCCGUGGUCGUUAGACUACAGGGUACUAACGUCGACGAGGCCAAAGCUUUGAUUGCAAACGCAGGCUUAAAGAUCGUGCCGAUCGACGAUCUCGAUGAGGCCGCACGAGUCGCGGUGAAACUGUCGACUAUCGUCAAGUUGGCGCAAUCCGAAAAUCUCAGUGUCAAUUUCGAGAUACCAGCAAUUUCAUAGAGAACUAGAAGAAAGUAAUUAUAUAAUUGAUAUGUUAUUAACCUUUUCUGCCCGGCUGAUUCCAAUUGUAAUCACUAACUUUCCUGGCUUUGACAGCACGUAAUAUGCGACGAAUGAUACUGAAGGAUAAUGAAUUGGCAUCAUAUAGCCGAAUUCCGUUCUUUGCUGCGACAGAUCGCAGCAGCUAUAAGUUCUCUCGCUGUAACUCUUGUCGUGUCCCAAGACAAAAUAAAUUGAAAGAAAAAUUUUUUUUCACUUGCAAAAAUAAAUUCAAGUCGGAAAGGGUUAAGAAUAUGUAUCGAGAAAAAAAGAAUAAAGAAACGUACUCGAUCAUUGAGAUUUAAAGAACGUCUGGAAGUAUAUCAACAUCUUGCACAGUAAUUAACUUCGUAUGUAUACUAACGCGCACUCUCACUCAAAGAGUACGUUUCCGAAUUGUGUCGAAUUUGUCUUUUGAAUUAUCGUGUAAUUCAUAGAAUAGAAAGAUAAGAGGUACGGAUCUUGCAGGCGUGCAAUUUCUAUUUUGCAAAAGUGAUUGCGUUGUGUCGGAUAUUAAAACUUGGAAAACAGGCUGAUAUUUUUAAUAUAUAUAUAUAUAUUUUUUUUUAAUAUGUUGGAUGCGUAAUACAGAGCUAUACGAAGUUACAUAAUUUAUUGCUCGCCCUGUAACAGGGUUCUGUGAUUCAGUAUUAAGAAGUUGUGUAAUAUAACAUCUGUCCGUUGAGGAUAGACAUGCACUUUUGUGAAGAAUACAAAUGCACAUCUGUUCUUCAUAGAUGGAAACUUUCGCGUCAGUUGGAAGCGAAAAGUACGUACGCAUCUGAAAAGGCCUGUUUAAUGUAAUAUAUGCAUGUAGCGAUAUAAACAUACAUAAAUUAUUUUACGUAAUUUUAGUUUAUUUUCGUACCCUUGGCAAACAAAUCGUUACAUCUACCUUACAGUGCUCCUUCUGGUAUGUUAUAUUCUCUUUUAACCAAAGUUGCUAGCUCCCUUAUUCUGUAACAAAAAUUUCGUUGCGCAGCUAUUUUGUAGUAUAUUUUGUCUGCGCAAAGAUUGAUAACACAUAUGUUAAGAGUCACAGAAUAAGAGCGCAGAACUGACAAGGCGUGCAGUUAAGGAAUAAAGAACGCCAAAAGUAA